AUGAAUCAGCGUGUGGUAGCAACAAAUUCGAAUCUUGUAAAAGGCGUCCUGGUGUUUUGGUCGCCGUUUCACGACCCUCGAGUCCAUGAGAGCGCCCCAGUGGGUGUACACGUGACCACCGUGCGAGCGCUAGACGAAUCAGCGCCUGGGAAGCCCGUCGCCUACAGCCUCUUGGAUGUCAAGGACUCGACCUUCUUCCAUCUGAAUCACGUGACGGGAAACCUGACCACGGCGCGACCCAUCACCCGCAAGGUCGGCGAUAAGUACGAGGUGAUCGUGGCAGCCGUGAGUCAGGGUGUCACCGAGGUGAAGACGAUGCAGAUCGAGGUGACAGUGCCCAAUCAGUACCCGCCCCGAUUUGAGCACCCUGUGUACCGCUCUGAGGUGCACCAGACCCGUACCAGGCCCGGAUACCCGGUACUCCAGGUUCGCGCCCAUGACCCGGACCCGGUGCCAUACAACGCUGAGGUCUACUACCGCCUCGAAGCCGGGCCGGAGUCUACGAGGGCGCUCAGGUACCUCGCACUGGACGGCAUCACGGGCGAAGUGAUGCUCAACCGAAGCCUCGCGGACGUGCCGGACUCCACAAUCGCAUUCACGGUCAUCGCUGAAGACGGUGGCUCCCCCAAGCAACAAGACCGGGCCCGCGUCGAGAUCCUCGUCAAGACCAUCUCCGACCCGCAAAACACGCGCGCCGUCGUGGUGAACGAGACGAGCGUUCGCAUAUGUUGGCAGCGGCCCCUCUACGGCAACGUGUCCGGCUACGUGGUCAAGUACAGGGCGACCUCGGAAAACGUCACCUCGUACGUCAACGUGACCACGAGUGCCCCCGACAAGUGCGUCCCGGUGCUCAAGCUGCGACCGUGGACCGACUACGAGUACCGCGUGUACGCCUGGAACGACCGAGAAGAGGGCAUCGGCAGCCCUGUCGACAGAUUCACCACGCGCAUCGACUACUGCCUGAUGAACGUCUGCAAGCAUGGUUCAUGCGAGGCCAUCGACGCGCGUCCCGGUUACCGUUGCCUCUGCGAUCCGGGCUUCUACGGCGAGGCCUGCGAGCACUUCGACCCGUGCUCCGAGAACCCGUGCAAGACGUUCGGCACCUGCGUCAACACGGGCCACGGCGAGUACCGCUGCGACUGCUUCACGGGCUUCUCCGGCCGCAACUGCUCGGACUUCAAUCCGUGCCUGCUCAAGCCUUCCGCCUGCCUCCACGGUGGCGUGUGCCAGUCGAACGCGUCGCACAUGUUCACCUGCCACUGCGUGGACGGCUACUACGGCAAGACCUGCCACCAGUACGACCCGUGUUACUCGUCGCCCUGCUUGCACGGUGCCCGCUGCCUGAACGAGUCGGACGUGAAGUUCAGCUGCCAGUGCGUGGCAGGAUACGCGGGAAACCUCUGCGAGCAGAACAUCAACGAGUGCCUCUCAAGUCCGUGCAAGAACCGCGGCGAGUGCGAGGACGGCAUCAACAGCUUCACCUGCCACUGCCCUCCUGGUUACGGGGGCCCCCUGUGCGAGCUGAGAGACACGUGCCCGGAGGAACUACAGCAGACUGACAAGGGCCCCUUCCACUGGCAACCCACAGCUCACGGUUCGGUGGCCAAAGUUGAGUGUCCGUACGGAGCCUACAACCCAGCCAGCGAGUACAAGUACGCGAGACGGAAAUGCCGGCUCUUGCCCAGUGGUCAGACAGGAUGGAUGAAGGUGUCGGCGCAGCACUGCCGGUACAAGAGCUUUCAGACGGCCGAGAACAUCACCUCCGAGUUGGAGUUUCUGACGCACGAUCCGAGCAACAUCAGCCCGGAUCAGCUACAGAGCUUCGCCGAAAAGAUUGAGCCUGUCGUCGAAUACGCCAUCAAGGACAUCAAGAUUGCGCAAGCCAUGAUUCACGUGAUCAGCAACUUCCUCGCACUGAACGACAGCGUAAUCGAAGAAGGAGAUGCAAAGGGAUUGGCUGUCGAAAAGCUGGUUUCGGUGGUGGAGAGGUUCACCUCGGAGGUGGUACUCGGAUCCGGUGCUCUUAUCAUCGAGAACGAGAACCUUGUGGUCAAGGCGGUUGCCUGGUCGCCCAAGCUUCUGUCCCAAGGCCAGGACUUCCUCAGCUUUUCGCUGCGCUCCAACGGAGACCACUACCUGCACGAGGACUUCUCUGGAGACGGCGACGAGCAAGAAAACAGAGACAACAUCGUGAUCACCAUCCCGUUUGAGGCCCUGUCGAUGGCCAUCAACAGCUCGCUCCUGGCGUCCGGUGAGCCGUACCGCCCCAUACACGAAGUGGAGAAAGGACCUCGCAUCGCCUUCAUCUCCUACCGCAACGACAAGUUCUUUCGACCGGUUAGACACCACCCCGGUUCUCUGGUCAGUGCAGGACAAGUCGUGCUCUCCGCCAAGAUCGGCGACAACAAGAUCGAAAACUUGACGGAACCCUUGGUCUACUCGUACCCGACUUACAACGCGGAGAGACGCAUCUGCGCAUUCUGGAAUGAGCGCCGUAAGGAGUGGUCCACCGCUGGAAUAACGACAAACAAGUCCGGAAACGUGACUGUGUGCACCUCAACGCACAUGACCGCGUUUUCACUGCUCCUGGAUCCCGUCCCGGGAAUGGUCACGGCACGUCACCACUACCGGAUUCUCUCGCUCAUAUCCUACGUGGGUUGCAUCAUGUCUGUCGUGGGCCUCUUCUUCACCAUACUGACCUAUUCCCUUUUCAGAUGCCUCAACAAGGACCGCUCUGGCAAGAUCCUGCUCAACUUGUGUUCCGCCAUGCUCCUGCUGAACGUGUCCUUCUUGGUGGGCUCGCUACACGAGCGGUUCCCCAGACUCGAACUGUGUAUGGGCACGGCCGUGGCCACGCACUACUUUCUGCUCGCGUGCCUCGCCUGGAUGGGCGUCGAGGCCUCGAACAUGUACCAGAUGCUGGUGCACGUGUUUGCCACGUCGGAGACGUGCUUCAUGCUCAAGCGCAUCCUUGUCGCCUGGGGAAUUCCGGCUGUCAUAGUUGGAACUUGUCUGGCCAUUGACUUGGAGCCUUACAGAAAUCGAGAUGACUACUGCGUCAUAUCUUCUAAAAACCAACUCAUCUACUACAUCGCCUUCUUGGGCAUCUCCUGCUUCAUCCUUUUCGUCAACCUACUCGUCUUUAUCAUGGUCACCCGCGUACUGUUCAAACCCCGCAUGGCCGAGGCCAAUAGCGGAAAAUCGGCGAACCACAACUCGUGCUCCGCCUCUAGCCCAUCUGGCGGUGGUACGGAUAACCUUCCAAUCACCGCGACGCAAGUCAGGGGUGCCUUCACGGUGAUGACUCUUCUCGGGGUCACGUGGAUCUUCGGAGUGUUCGCCGUGGGGGAAGCCAAGACCGUUUUCCAGUACGUCUUCUGCGUCUGCAACUCGAUGCAGGGCUUCCUGAUCUUCGUGGUUAGGGUGCUGCAGUACCCGGAGGCACGCGCUUCCUGGACGCAACUGGUCACCACGGGCACAUUCAAGAAGCACCGAGGCGGUGCAGUUCCCGCCGGGUCCUGGUGUGCGAACUCGAAUCCCAAGCAGAACAGCCACUCGUCCAUGGUUCGGGUAACAUCUAGCAGCACGGACAGCACGAGCACCGUGGUGUUCAACAGCAACAUCUGGAGUAAAGGAGGUAAUGGUGCCACACCGGGUUCCAGAGACCAUCCAGCGAAGCUGCCCCGGUUCUCCGGUGUUGGGAAGUUGUUGAAGAACUCGAAUGUGCAAAAGGACGAUAAGAAUUCAGGGACGCUGACUAAGAAGAAAAAGCCCUCACACAAGGUGGUUACCGACGAACCUGUAUCCAAGGACAACCACAAGGAGUUCUACUCUUCCGAACACCAAGUUCCAUCUAUGGUGCCCGACCUUUACUCGGGUCAGGAGCAGCAAACCAUCAAGACCAACACCUUGAGAGUAUCCGAACCCGUGAACCAGUUUCACGACCCGUCGCGUAACAUGCCAACAACCAUCGCGCUGGCCGGCGACCAGAAGGCGCACAUCCUGUUCGCCUACGCUGGCGGUGAAACCACUCCCAUUCGAAUCAACGGCGUUGUUCAGACACCUUUGGACAAGCCCAAGCUGGAGUCCUUCAGCACUUUCCAGAGGCCCACUCCUGUGCCCGCCAGCACGCCAAGCGUGCCGGAACUUCCCCAUUUUUGGAACGUUCCUGCAGAAACGGCGACUGUGGCGGUGGAACCUUCUCUAGCCGCUGCUUCAGAUCGUGAUCCUCUCCGUAACUCCACCCUCAAGACGACCACUGAAGAGACGUCGUUUACGAUAGCGAAAGGAUCUGGUGUCUCGGUCGCGUCCUGA